CCUAAUAAUUUACUCAAAAAAAAAAAAUCCCCUCGCUCCCUCCUCGCGCGACACCGACUCCCAGACCCGGAAAGCCCUAAUCCUCCAUCUUUUCUCUCUUCUUCAAGCUGUGUUGUCGCCGCCGUCCCCACUGCUCCAGCGCCGUCGCAACUCGUCGAAUCAUCUCAGACGCGUCGCCUCUAUUCCACUUCCGCCGCGCCGCCUCUGUUCCGCCGCGCUCCAACUAUUCUCUGUUCCAGUUCCGCGCCUGUGUCUUCUAGUUUGAGUUCCUCAUCUGUGCUCCCUCUCUCUCGUUGUUUGAGUUCCGGGCCUCAUCUAUUCUCCCUCUCCCUCUUCUGUGUUCGAGUUCCAGCCCUAGUGGAAGAUUUCUUUCAUCCAAUGGCGUCCAUGCUUUCUGCCAAGACCAACCACUUUCGUUACGCUGCUCGCAUUCUUCGAAACCAUGGCAGACCCACGUCGCUCUCUCCACCGUUCUCCCAUCAUGUUUAUCACCGUUCAACUCACCCUCACCUGGUUGGGAACCAAGGUUAUGGUAAUGGGUACUUGAUGUUGUAUCAGAGGCUUCUAUCGGGAACUAAUGCUAGUAAUGCUAAUGAAGAAACGCCAGCACAAGGUGCCUCUGAAAAAGGUAAUUCUGGUGAAGAAAGAGAGUCUGGGAGCGAACGAGAUCAGAAAAGUGAUGCUGGGAAAUCAGUUCGUGGAUCGCCUGUUUCUUGGUUGAGUUUUCUUUUGCUGGUUGUCACUGGAGCUGGAUUGGUAGUAUACUACGACCGGGAAAAGAAACGACAUAUUGAAGAAAUACGUACUGCUUCUGAGGCAGUUAAGCAGGGACCUUCGGCAGGAAAAGCUGCAAUUGGGGGGCCAUUUCACCUUAUCAACCAUGAUGGGAAAUAUGUAACUGAAAAGGAUUUCGUGGGCAAAUGGACGCUGUUAUACUUUGGCUUCACACAUUGCCCAGAUAUCUGCCCUGAUGAACUAGUGAAGUUAGCAGCUGCAGUUGAUAAAAUAAAGGCGAAAGCCGGAAUUGAAAUUGUACCAGUUUUUAUCUCUGUUGAUCCUGAGAGGGAUACUGUUGAACAAGUGCGGGAAUAUGUUAAAGAAUUCCAUCCAUCAUUGAUCGGGUUAACUGGUACCCCAGAAGAAAUAAAAAGCGUAGCCCGUGCGUAUCGUGUUUAUUAUAUGAAGACAGCAGAGGAAGAUUCAGAUUAUCUUGUUGACCACUCCAUAGUUAUGUACUUGAUGGGGCCUAACAUGGAAUUUGUGAAGUUUUUUGGCAAGAACAAUGAUAUUGACUCUCUUACUGAUGGAAUAAUCAAAGAGAUAAAGCAGUAUAAGAAGUAAUUCAUCUCAUUCUAUUAAUACAUCCUUUGGGGAUAAAUUGUUAGAGCUUUUGGCUUUAAGAUAGGACAUAGAAGAUUACACUACCAAAUCUGAAUAUACUUCUAGAGAUUUGGUAUGUUUUAAGAGCAGCAAUUCAAUUAGUGUCAUUGUUUUAAUGAUUGAUAUUAAACUCCAAAAAUGAAAUCACGGAAUAUGUGAAAUCUUGGGGUCAGUUUUAAUAAAGCCAUGGUUUAUACUUUGGAUUUUGAUU